UACUUCUGGAAGGUCUACCCUAAACUUUCUUCCACCCUUUGUGAAAGUCAAAAAGAGGAAACUCAUGUUCAUGGCGUCUUCCUCUCAAAGUUAACGUUAUUGAUCGUCAUCAUUUACUUCUGUGGAAAUUCUCUUAUUGGUCUUUUGGAUCUAAAUUUUCUCCACUUUUUCCUCUUUUGAUUACUUGCCAAACAGAAUCAGAUCAGGAAAAGAAAAGAAAAGAAAAGACAAGAAAAUGGAGGGUGGUGAAUUGGAGAACUUCAUUAAGGUAUGGCUUGAAGUCAUUGCUGCUCUAUGCUAUUGUUAUGCAAUUAGAAACACAAUUCCUAUAGGAAUCAAGAGAUUGCUCUUUAUUCUCCCAGUUGUUUGCCUCUUUCUUUAUCUUCCUCUCAAUCUCUUCUCUCCUCAUCUUGGUGGAACCACUGCUUUUUUCAUCGCUUGGCUUGCCAAUUUCAAGCUCCUUCUCUUUGCUUUUGGUAAAGGUCCACUCUCUGCAGAUCCAGCAAUUUCUCUUCCUCUUUUUGUCGCUGUUUCUUGCUUACCCAUCAAGAUCCAGAAAAACCCACCACCAAACACGCCCUUAAAUCAUCAAAACAAAGAAACCCCACCUCCAAAAUCUCAUCAAAAUGGCGAAAUCAAAGAGAACCCAUCAAGGAAACCAAGAGAAGGCCCUCUAAAUUAUGCAAUAAAGGGCAUCGUUGUUGCUAUUUUGGUACGUGUCUAUGAUUAUAGUGACUAUAUCCACCCAAAGCUUAUUAUCGUUCUCUAUGCCUUCCAUGUUUAUUUCCUCCUUGAGCUCACUCUAGCCGUAAGUGCAGCCAUGGCUCGAAGCUUGCUUGGCAUAGAGCUCGAACCACAGUUUAAUGAACCCUACCUCUCUACAUCGCUUCAAGAUUUCUGGGGCAAGAGAUGGAACCUCAUGGUUAGUCGUAUAUUACACCCCACCGUCUACGAGCCCACCCGCAACUUCUUCGGGAAUCUCAUUGGCCGGAAGUGGGCCACUCUCCCAGCUGUUUUCGGAACAUUUGUGGUGUCAGCAGUGAUGCAUGAGCUCAUGUUCUACUACCUUGGACGCGUGAGGCCCACGGGUGAUAUCACUGCGUUCUUUAUUAUACAUGGAUUCUGUUUAACGGUAGAGAUUGCUCUAAAGAAGGCCCUAAACGACAAGUGGCAACUGCCCAGGUAUUUGUCUGGGAUCUUGACAGUUGCGUUCGUUAUGACGACAGCGUUUUGGCUAUUUUUUCCCAAGUUUAUAGAGUGUCGGAUUGAUGUUAGAGCGUUUGAGGAAUACGCGGCAGUUGGAGCGUGGUUGAGGAAUGCGAGUGAAAGCGCGUUGCGAAUUUGGCCUGGUCAUUCACGGUCAUGAUUUAGUCACAGUUUCAAAGAAAAAAAAAAUGAACGGUUUUGAUUUGCUAGCUGUGAGUUGUGUUUCCUUGAUCCCAUCAAAUUCGCUUUGUUAAGAAAGCUAUUCUUACUUGGAUGAUUUAAAAUAGUUUUAGUUAUUUUCA